CAAGCAAGGCUUGGGUGGAGAUGCCAAUCAGGAUUUUCAUCCAGAUUUGGAAGGAGAGCCAAGCCUUCCAGUGAAAAUGGAAGUCAAGGAAGAAUUCAGUCCAGAGGUAGAUGAAAAUUCCAGUGAGGAGAUUGUUGAAGAAAUGGAUCUCAAGGAAGACCUCAAUUCAGAGGUGGAUAGGGAUGAUUCUGGCCUCCAGCUAGAUGGCAGUGGUCAUGACCGAGAGUUAGAUGAGGGUGCUGUUCAUCCAGAGGCCAGCCUUGACUCUCCUCCUGCUACCUUUUCCUCCAUUUUGCCAUCAGUGCCGAACAAACCCUACAGAUGCUCUGAAUGUGGAAAGUGCUUUGGCACCAGCUCUAUCCUGGGCCAGCACUGCCGCAUCCAUAGUGGUGAGAAGCCUUACAAAUGCAGUAUCUGUGGGAAAUGCUUCAGUCGGGGUUCCACCUUCCUUCAGCACCAGCGGACACACACGGGUGAGAAACCCUACAAGUGCCCCGAUUGUGGCAGGUGCUUCAGCCGGAGUUCCAACCUCAUUCAGCACCAGCGAGUCCAUACGGGUGAGAAGCCUUACAAGUGCAGCAUCUGUGGCAAGUCUUUCUCUCUCAGCUCUACCCUUAUCCAGCACCAGAUUAUCCACACUGGGGAAAAACCAUACAAGUGCCCCGACUGUGGCAAAUGCUUCAACCGCAACUCCAACUUGCUGAACCAUCGGCGUGUACACACAGGGGAGCGUCCCUUCGCCUGCCGUAUUUGUGGCAAGCGGUUUUCCGAAAGCUCCUCCCUCACCCAGCACCUGAGGACGCACACUGGGGAACGUCCUUUCCGGUGUAAUGACUGUGGCAAAACAUUCUCCCUUAGCUCCACUUUGAUCCAGCACCAGGUCACACACACCGGGGAGAAACCUUACGAGUGCCUGGAUUGUGGCAAGGCCUUUGGGCUCAGCUCCACCCUGUUGCGCCACCAGCGUGUCCACACUGAGAAGCCAUUUGAGUGCCAGGACUGUGGCAAAACCUUUGGUGUCAGCUCCCAUUUCUUGCAACACAGGAGAGUCCACACAGGUGAGCGUCCCUUCCAGUGUCUGGACUGCAGCCAUGCAUUUAGCCAGUGGGCACAUUUGGUGCUGCAUCAGAAGGUGCAUCAAAAUGGAACAGACUCCCAGCCCUGCCGUAAGACCCUCUAUAUUUGCAGCAACUGCGGUAAGAGCUUCCAGCAGAGCUUGCACUUGGCACGGCACCAAGAAAUCCAUUCUGGGGAAAGACCAUACUGCUGUGAGGAUUGUGGACAUUGGUUCUCCCAGAGUUCCAAGCUGCUGGAACACCAAAAGGUCCACACAGGUGAGAGAUCAUACCUCUACCGCCCUUAUGCUUGUGGUGAAUGCGGCAAGGCUUUCAGCCAGUGGUCGAAACUGGUGCGCCAUCGGCGUAUCCACACCGGUGAGCGCCCGAACACGUGCACCGACUGCGGCAAGUCCUUCACGCAGAGCUCCCACCUGGUCCAGCACCGGAGGACGCACACGGGCGAGAAACCCUACGUCUGCGGCGACUGCGGCAAGGCCUUCUCGUGGAGCUCGAACCUGGCUCAGCACCAGCGGACCCACACGGGCGAGAAGCCGUACGUGUGCCGGGAGUGUGGCAAGGCCUUCUCCCAGAGCACCAACCUCAUCAAACACCAGCGCAGCCACACGGGCGAGAAACCCUACCGCUGCCCGGAGUGCCCCAAAAGCUUCUACCGCUCCUCGGACCUCAUCCAACACCAGAUCACCCACACAGGCGAGCGUCCCUUCAAGUGCGACGAGUGCGGGAAGGGGUUCACCCAGAGUGCCAACCUGGUGAAGCAUCGCAAGAUCCACGCCGGGGAGAAGCCCUUUCGCUGCAACGACUGCGGCAAGACCUUCAUCCAGAGCUCGGAGCUGAUCCAGCACCAGCGCACGCACUCGGGGGAGAAACCUUAUCAGUGCCAAGAAUGUGGGAAACGCUUCGGACACGGUGCCACCUUGGUCAAACACCAGCGGCUUCACAUGGGGGUCGAGCCCUACCGGUGUGCUGAUUGCGGCAAGACUUUUGGGCUCAGCUCAGCGCUGGAGCGCCACCGGCGGUGCCACAGCGAGAGCCGCCCAUAUGCCUGCGGCGAAUGCGGCCAGAGCUUCUCCUUGGCUUCCAACCUGACCCUGCACUCCCGCAUCCACCGAGGCGAGAAGCCCUACCGCUGUGCCGAUUGCGGCAAGUGCUUUGGCAUGAGCUCCACCCUCAUCCGCCACCAGCGCAUCCACACGGGCGAGAAGCCCUACGCCUGCCCCGACUGUGGGAAGGCCUUUGUCCGUAGCUCGCACCUCACUCAGCACCGGAGAACGCACACGGGGGAGCGGCCCUAUCACUGUGAGGAGUGCGGCCGGCGCUUCUCCCAGAGUUCCAACCUCAUCACCCACCAGCGCAUCCACAUGGAGGAGCGCCCCCACGUCUGUCACGGCUGUGGGCGGCGCUUUGCUCAGGAGGACGAGCUGCAGAGCCACCAGCAGGAGGAGGAGGGGAAAUGCAGUAGCAAAGAAGAGACCAAAGAACUGCAAGAUCACACGAGCGGGAAAGACUGCGAGGACGGUGAUGUGCCAGCACUGCACAAAGAGAGUAGUGUGGUGCGUCCUGCCGCCCAUCUUUGUAACUUAUGUGGGCAGAGCUUCCAAAACAGCACGACGCUUGCACGGCACCGAGAAAGCCACACCUCUUACAUAUGUAUUGAAUGCGGGAAGUGUUUUGAGGCUGCCAGAGCCUUGGCCUGCCACAGGGAAAGCCACGCAUCGUGGAUAUGCGGCAUUUGCGGGCAGAACUGUGAGGACAGCUUGGCGCUGGAACAGCAUGAGGAGACUCAUUCCUUGCACAUCUGCGGCACCUGUGGGGAGAGUUUUGUGCACAGGGAAGCACUUUCGCUGCACGAGGAGGAAGGGAAAUGCAAGGAGCGUGCAGAGUUUUUGCUGGACCAAGACUCUCCUGAGGUGCUCGCGGGUCUGGAUGGUGAGGAGGAUUUCGGAGAUGAGGUUGUCCUGGCGCAACACGGAGGACGUGGGAGAAGCUGCAGGGAGGAUAGCCCCGGUCUGGCGGAUGAGGAGCAGAGUCCACAAAGGCUUCACCGUUGCUCUGAGUGCACGCAGGCCUUCUCCGAUGGCGCAGCCCUUGCCCACCACCAGAUUGCCCACGUGCAGGAGAAACUGUACAGGCGGCCAGAGUUUGGGGGCAGCUUAGCCCUUGCCAGGCACCAGAGGGAACACAUGCGUGGGAAGCGGUACCGAUGCGUGAAGCGUGGUCAAACCUCUUUGGAUGCCACGGUCCUCAUGCUCCACCAGAAGAAUCACGCAGAGGACAAAGCGCACGGGUGCCUUGAAUCUGGCGAACCCUUCAGUUCUGACUCAGAUCAUGAUGGGCAUCAGAGGACCUGUGAGGGAACGUCUCCUGAGACUGCACGCCAUGGAGAGGAGCCUUCCAGAGAACAGUUGCACUCUGGCUCACAGCAGAGCAACCCAAGGCAGGAGGAACCUGUCAGGGAACCUUCGGGUCUUGUUAAGCGCCAGAGAACGGGCUCCAGCGACAAAAUUCUCAGCAUCCCUGUGGAAGAGAAGUCGUCCUCUUGCGGGCUUUCCUUCCAGGAGAGCUCAGCUUUGGCUUCCUAUAAGAAAAUGCGCCUUGAAGAAAAGCUUGGCCUGGGUUGCCAUGGUGACAGCUUGUUUGUAGAGAGCUCAGCGGUUGCUCUGCCCCUGAGGAGAACCUCUACCGCAGACAAGCCAGCUCCGGUUUCCACCGAAAUGGCUGCCCUCAUCCGGCUCCCGAGCACCAAGCCGUACAAGUGUCACAACUGCAAGCAAAGCUUUGUGGACGCCACCGGCUUGUCCCGCCACCAGGUUGGCCACAUGAAGGACAAGCUGCUGAAGUGCCCGGAGUGUGCCACGGGCUUCCUGGACAGGCUUGCUUUGAUCCGGCACCAGAUGGAACAUACUGCAGAGAAACGGAAGGGGGUGCAAAAGCAGCCCAAAAAACAUCGUGGUAAGGAGAGAGACCGCGGAAGUCCCUUGGAAUUUGGGGAGAGCUUCACAGAGAUCUCAGCCAUCCUUUUGCAGAGGGGGGCCCCUGUCUCUGAAAGGGGUGCACCCCAACGGCUGAAAGACCACGGAGCAGACAGAAAACAUAUCUCAGGCGAUGUUUCAGAGCUGACAGAGCCUCCCUACUUUCACCUUGACUUGGGGAAAGCUUCCAGUGCUGGCAAUGUGCUGGCCUACCGCCAUGCGCAACAGGAUAGGGGCAAACACAUAGCGCAUCCCGAACCCGGGAAAAUACCCAGGAACAGUUCGAUGCUGCUGCGGCACCUCCAGAACCACAUGGCAGAGAAACCGUGA